AUGGCAGGGACAUUACAUCCAGAUAGAGAAUUUCAAAGAUACAACACUGCCAGGGAAAAAGCAGGUCAUUACUUCCGUUUUAAGCCAAGAUCUGUUAUUUUUAACAUUAUAUUCGCAGGUCUUAUCCCUGUUGGAUUAACAAUAGUUGCUUAUAAGACGGAAGGUCAAUUACCAUUAACAAGACGCUUCAGACACCAACCAGUGUUUGAAACUGAUUACGUUCCAAGAGACAAGGAUUUGUAA